AGGAAAACGACUGUAUUUAUCAUUUUAAAACUUUUGUGUCGAAUAAACAUGACGUUUGUUAAUAAAGUGGUGCUUGUGACAGGUGCUAGUUCGGGUAUCGGAGCUGCUACAGCGAUAGAAUUCUCCAAAGAAGGAGCACACGUUGUUAUGGUCGGAAGAAACGAAGAAAAAAUCGGAAAAGUUGCAACAAAGUGCACCCGAGUCGGACUGAAACCUUUAGUUGUCAUCGCUGAUGUAUCCAAAGACGACGACGCAAAAAGAAUAAUGAAAGAAACUAUUGAGAAACAUGGUAAACUGGAUAUUCUUGUGAACAAUGCUGGAUUCGGCAGACCAGGAUGUUUGUUAGACGGAAGUGUUGUAGAAGCUUACGACCAAAUUUUUGAUACUAACGUUAGAGCUGUGAUUUAUUUAUCAACAUUAGCUACUCCUUAUCUUAUACAAAGAAAGGGAAAUAUAGUCAAUGUGUCUAGUGCUGCAGCUAAAACCACCCCUUGGGCAGCAGAUUCCUUAGCAUACUUUGUUUCCAAAGCUGCUGUAGAUCAAUUUACACGAGGAGCAGCAUUGGAAUUAGCACCUUAUGGAAUAAGAGUGAAUGCUGUAAACCCAGGACCAGUUAAUACUGAUUAUCUCAAAAAUGCGGAGAUCAAUGCAAAGUUUGAAGAAUUUUCAGUAAUGACAGCAUUAAAUAGAAUAUCACAACCUGAAGAAAUAGCAAAUAUGAUCGCUUAUUUGGCUGGAGAGAAAGCUGUAGGCAUAACUGGAUCAACAUUUGUUGUGGACAAUGGGAUGCUUUUGAAAGUUAACUAACGACUCAGUUGAUACUCAAAUAUAAAUUGAUGCCUUUGCAUUCCGUCAAGGAUAUUAUCAGACUGAUUUUCGUCUUGUUUUCACUUUGUUACGGUUGUGUGCAAAAAAUAUUGCAGAUAUGUUUUACUAUUUGUAAUUUGUUAAUUUUAUACUUGUUACGAAAAAAAUACUAUAAAAAUAGUCACACCUAAAUGUAAAAAGUGACAUAUUUUUUAAGUUAACUGCGUAUUUUUAUACACAUAAAAAGACUGAAUAAAUAAAUUUAUCUCUCAUGUCUUUAAUUUAUCACUAUGUUGUAAUCUUAGUAAUUUUAUGAACUGACCGUGUAUUAGCACCUAAAAAUGUAUCGCUCUUAUUUAUCAUUUUAAUGUUGGUUACAUAAUAAAAUAACUACAAAUAUAGAGUACCUACCUACGAAAUAUCGGGAGUCUCAUAUCCCUGAUAAUAACGCGGUACG